UGGUUGCUCUCCACACUCAACUCAUCACUAAAACCCUAAAAGACAAACAAAACAGUCAAAAUGAAGAAACCUUCAGUUUUCUCUUUUCUAAUCACUCUCCUGUUGGCUGCAGCUGUCUGCAUCCAAGGAAGGGAACCGGUGAAGGACACAGAUGGAAAUUCACUUAUGGACCGUACAAAAUACUUCAUCAAGCCGGCAAAUAACAACGGGGGUGGUCUUGUCCCAGCCGCAAUUAAUAUACUUCCCUUUUGUCCACUUGGCAUCACCCAAACACUCCUUCCGUACCAACCAGGCCUACCAGUCAGCUUCCAUUUACCAAUUGGUGGAAAACCCCCAGUUUCGACAUCUUUACCUGUAAGCAUUGAUUUCAAGUCAGACAUUUGGCCGGUCUGCACUGAGUUUUCCAAAUUCUGGAAAGUAGAUGAUUCCCCAUCCGCUUCCGAGGAACCUGCAGUUCUCAUAGGUGGUAAACGGUUUGACGAAAAUAGCCACUUUAAGAUUGAGAAAGCCGGAGAAGGAGAAGGAUCAAACACUUACAAAUUAACCACCUCAUAUGGAACCGUUGGAGCCAUCCCAGGGGGGUGGAUAGGCGCACUACAACUAAUUGUCACCAAUGAUACGGCUAAGACCUUACUCGUCAAAUUCAACAAGGUGGAUGAUGCUACUACUACUUCUACUUCUCGGGUUGAGAAGUUAGGUCUAAGAAUGUUCCCGUUCUACUAGUCAUCUGGUCAAAAUCAUGUAAAAAGAAAGCCUGAGACUCGUCUGUGGCCAAAAAUAAUGGGUUGAGAUAAUACCCGCAUGCAAGUUUUUACUUUCCAUAAAUAAAAUAAAACUAUCCUUUCUAGCGCCUUA